AUGUCCACAGAAGUGAGGAGAGCCGUCGAGUCAAGAGAAGCUGCAGCCGUUAUCGAAAUCGGCCGAGAACGCAAGGAACAAUCGAGCUCCAUUGAAACGGGACCAAUCGACGAGUCGAUGGCCUCAUCAGCUGCCACUCCAAAUACGUUGAGUUACGUUACCGCAAGCGACUUCGACGUACAACAAGACUCGUUCGAGACUUGUGUGGAGGGUGACAUAGAUAGCUCCUUUGCGACGUGCAAAGAACGUGACGAGGAGCUCGAGAAGUCGCUCGCAAAUUGA